GGAGCCCUAAUUUCCCUUUGAUCUGCAGCGCUCUCUCCUGUGGAGCUCACUCACCUCCAUUUCUGGACAAGAUACUCUCUCUCCCUCGCAGAUUCAAGCUUCAGCACUCAACAUCGGCAAUCCACCAAUUUUCACGGCUCUCCUCAAACUACCACGUCACCUCCCCCUCACCGCAUUGCUUUCAUUUCAGCGUUGGAGUCGCCGGUUCGCAGCCUCCUUUCAUCGGCGCCUCAUGUUCGUCUCUCAGUACCACUGAAUUUCUCUUACGGAAGCCAAGAAAUGGGUUUCUAUUAAAUAGCUUGCUGCCUAAGGAGAAAAAUAAUUUGGCAACUUGAGAAAUGCACUUGGUUUUAAGAAUAAGGCACCUCCUACCCAAUGUAUUUGCAAACACCAUUCGCUCUCCUGCGGUUGCCCUGAAUCCUCUCAACUCAAAUGGAUUACAUAGAAAUUAUGCUCAACCUGCUCGAAUAGAGGAGGAAGAGGACGAGGUAGAGAUUGACCAGAGAAGGCUUCCAGCUGAUUACGAUCCAGCAAAUUUUGAUCCAACAGAGCAUCGUAGUCCUCCAACGGAUCGUGUUUUUAGGCUUGUGGAUGAAAUAUCUGGACUCACACUAGUUGAAGUAGCUGAAUUGUCCACCAUUUUGAGGAAAAAAUUAGGAAUGACGGAUAUGCCAGUUGUUGGAGUUAUGAAACCAGGAGCUGCAGGAUUGGGUGGAAUGGCGAUGAAGGCAUCAACAGCUGCCAAGGAGGAGAAGAAGCCAGAAAAGACUGUUUAUGAGUUGAAACUAGAGUCUUAUGAAGCGUCUGCAAAGAUUAAAAUUAUCAAGGAGGUGAGAAGUUUUACUGAUUUAGGUCUAAAGGAAGCAAAGGAUCUAGUGGAGAAAACGCCAUCAGUGUUGAAGAAGGGACUAUCAAAGGAAGAGGGCGAACAAUUAAUUGAAAAGAUGAAGGCACUUGGUGCAAAAGUCAUCUUGGAAUAGUGAAUGUAUGCUUUCUCGAUCUCCAUGAAUUUAGAUCAGGCUUGGUUAGACUCUGUGUUUUAUAAUAAUAUUUGCAAUUUUCAGUAUCAUGAUAUUUUCCCAAAAUGGCAGUCUCUUUUGUUCUA